AUGACAAUACUACAAACUCUCUUUACAGAAGUAUUACACGCACUUUGUAAAUCUUCCAAAGAUUGUGAGAUUGUCUUUUCGGGGUGUUAUGAAAGAAAAUGUAAAUGCAAGCCUGAUUACAUCGAACACGAAAAUGCAUGCUACGGUGGACUUUACUCUAAGUGUUUCAAGCCAUCUGACUGUCUUUCAACCUCCUUCUCCUGUAAGUCAGGUAUUUGCCAGUAUGUCGAAUAUGCAAAAUAUGGAAAAAUAUUAUCUUCAAAACCUGAAGUUAGAGCAUACUGGGUCCAUAGAAAUCAUGUAAUAAAUGCGACUGAAAAAGUCUUCGCCGGAACUGAUCUCACUGGUAGAGUAUACGUAUGCCGUGGAACUAAGUCCAAUAUCACAAUCCCAGGAAAAGUGCGCGAAUCCGAAAAAAAUAAUCCUCGCUGCCGCUCCUCAGAUGGCUACUUUGACAUUGAGUAUACUGAUUAUGAUAUACUGAUUUCUUCUGACGUGGAGUGGAGAAGAGACUCUUCUUACACCCCCGACAAAGCUGUUUACGCAGGUAAAACUAAAGACAAUAAACCUGUCUUUAUUUGUCGUGUUUGGAGUAUUCAUCAUUUAUUCGUUGGUAUGCUUGACCCUCCGCUUUACAAAUAUUGCCUCGUUCCAUACUAUGAUUUAGUAUUGAAAGGUGACAAUUUUGAAGUCUUAGUUCAUAAAUAA